AUGCUGCCUUUUGUGUUGGUACUCCUCGCCGCGCAGAGCGCUUUCGGCGCACCUUCUACUGCUAGUGUAUCGUUCUACAACGUUAACGAAAUCCCCUCUGUUCCUGACAAUGGCGGUCUAGUUAACAGUUUCCUAAUCUCCGGCCCCUUGGAUUACAUCGAUGGAGGCGACAUUUCUCUCUACGCCCAAAUGGCCAUCCAGAUCUUGAGCGACAAGGCCAACAGCGCAGACCCAGUUAGCAAAGCUUCAGCAGUCAUUGAAGCCAUCGCUGCUUUGGGAGAAAUCUCUCACGGUAUCCCCGGGGACUCUUGCGAGGCCGCUGCUCUCAGCAACGCGUUCGCAUACUCAGUCGGUUCCGGUAACAACGGUGGACUUCGUCAGGCUAUUGCCAAUUACGUCUCACACUUGUCAAGCAACAUUGACGCCAUCUCUCAACUUAUCGUCAACCCUAACGCCGUCCGUUACUCAGCUGGUCCCCGUGGAAACUGUCUCGGAGGCGGUAGGAGUUACUCAUUCGAUGACACUUGGGAUGCCAUCAUCAACAGUGCUUCAGCCGGCCGCGCUGCUCUCUUGAAUGAAGAAUACUGCGUCGCCAAACGCAUGUACAACUCCUUCAACGUUAAGAGUAACACCUUCGGCGCUGCCCUCACAGCCUCCAACAUUCCCCAAAUCACUCAGUUGGCUCAAUACACCGUCCAGCCCUUGGCUCAGUUCUUGAGAACAGUCGCCUCCGGAGCCAACCCACUGAGAGAAGCAGCAGCCGCCAAAGCUGCUCUUGCUCAAGGCAUUUCCAAGAUCCAAUUGAAUCCCUAG